AUAUCCAAGAUAUAUUUUUAAAAGACGACUAUAAGAUGUCUACAUUUAGAUGUCUUUUAAAAGACGAUUAUAAGAUGUCUAAAAUAGAAUGUCUUUUAGAUAUCUUAUAAGUUAAGGCUGUAAGAUGACUUUUAGUCGAACAUAUGUCGUCUAUUAGACAUCUUUUCUUUGACUAUAAGCUCUCACUGAAAGACAUCUUUAUACAAAAUAUGUCAUCUUUCAGUCACCUUUUAGACAACUUUGUGCUAUCUGGAUCUCUGCGUGUUUGAACGAAUAUUAUCUCACUAUACUCUUGGCGACGAUAUAUGUAAGAAAAAAUGUCGGCGUUAAUUUCUUUGUUGCUGGUCAAAUAAACUUCUCGAAAGACAAUCGCACAAUGUCGUCGCGUGCUUUUUAUUGAUGUAAUAGCGAUUUGUUUUACGACAGUUUUUUAAAAUUAUUGACUCCGUAUCUUACGAUUGUUAGUGGUAAUACUUAAUUUUUUCAUAAAACUGGCGUUUGCAACCACGAAUUUAUAUCGAUUAGAAUGUAACUCGUUUUUUAUUGUACACUAAAGAUGACGACAAAAAAUGGUCGAAAGAUUCGAAAAUUGAAUUAAGAAUAAUUUUGUUUUGCGCACCGAUUUCUGUAUGUAUAAUGUAUAAUUUUUCAUUAUGAUUUUAACAGGCAAUCUCUCUCAAUUCUACAGAAACGCAUUGCAAAAAAAUGGAGAGAUUGUGGAAUUUUUAAAAAACGCAUAAAAACUCCAUUAAUUUACAGAGAGACACAGAUAAUUACAAUUCAAUAUACGAUUCGAUUUUUAAUAUUAUAUACGCUUUGCCCGAAACAGAGUAUAUCUCUCUAGGUCACUGUUAUUGUUUUGACAGCAACACGGAGGAUUAGUACGUAUUGAAUUCUCGAACGACACGCUUCGUCUCUCGACUCAUCACACGACUUGUUUUAAACUACUUGUGCAGUAAAGUAAAGUUCUGUGGUGUCUUUAAGUUGACUAAUUUUUUCUACUAGAUAUGAGCAUCUUUCUUUUUAACGGGUUCCUUUUAUUGUGCUUUGUCGUGACUACGGUACCGGAUGUUCUGGUGCGGGAUUCAUCGGGACCUGUGAAAUUUGUGAGCCAUCGUCCGACUUCGAUGUGCAGUUACAGCAGAGAUAAUUCGCUAUUGAAAGCGCGAUGCUUAAAAUUGAAAUCGCACGAAAUUCCGUUAGAUUUGAAGGCAGACAUACGGAUAUGAGAAUCUUUCUCUUCAACGGGUUUCUUUUACUGGGCUACGCCGUAGCCUCAUUAUCGAGUAUUUACCUGGAUUCAUCGGAAUCCGCGGAAACAAUGGACCACUGCCACUACAUCAUAUCUAAUUCGUUAUUGGAAGCGCGAUGCCCUAACUUCCAAUUGUCCAAAAUCCCGUUAGAUUUGAAUCCGGACAUACAGGUGCUCAAUGUUACUGGGCACUUGUUGCUACGCUUGACUAACGAUAGUCUACAUCCUUACAAGGAGCUUGUCGCCAUUUCUCUACAUUACUUAGUGCUUCAUAAAAUUGACAAUGCAGUCUUCGCCAAUCAGCCUUACCUGGAAGUGCUGGAUCUCAGGUACAACAUUAUCAACUAUCUGCCCAAAAGUCUCUUCCAAUUGCCGUAUCUUCACACGCUCUAUCUCGGCCACAACCUGCUCUACGAUUCUGUGUUCAACGUCACCUCGCCUCUCAGACUGCUGGAGCUGAGCAAGAAUUUGCUCACCGUGAUCCCGAACAUAGGCAUCCAGCCGACCCUCUUUCAUCUCGACGUGUCCUACAACAAAAUCACCUCGAUCAGCACCGAGGAUCUUGCGCCUUUCUGCUCGCUGAAAGAGCUCGAUCUGACCGGAAAUAGAAUCAAAUUCAACGCGAGCAACUGUGAUUGUCAGGCGUUCAACGCCUGGGUGAGGCUACGACAAAUCAAGAUGAAGUCUGAUCUUUACAAAUGCACCGAUCCACCAGCAGUUCUUUACAAGGACUGCGCCAACGUGAGAUUCAGCGAUCGGACGCACAAGCUGUUCAACGAGUGCUUGGCAAUGAAAGGGCGGAAGAUGGAGAUCGAGAAGCCUCGAUCGUUUUGGAUAAGCGUCGUAUCGUGCGUCUCGGUGUUCCUCUUCGUGGUUUUCGUGGCGUUGUUCUUCGUGCACAAGCGGUACCGUAGCCGGUAUAUGAAGCAGGAGGAGCAGCUAACGGCGGUCUACGACAACACCCAACUAAUCAAACAACAACUUGACGAUGAUUUGUGAAAUAAUCGACGUAGAACGUAGAAUCCUGUUGAAAGGGCUGUUUCUGGCGUCGACAAUAUGCGAGAGUAGAAUUUUGCGCGAGAAUAAAAUUUUCCGAGUAGGGUUGCAUACUUUUAAAUUAUUUACGACAGAAAAAAAUUUAUUUGUUAAAUAACAAGGCCUGGAUUAAUUUCGUUUAACAAGAUAUUUACAUAUAUACGCACGUAUAUCCGGACAUAGACCCAUUAGGACCAUUUUGACGUCUAAUUUAAAAAAUUAUAAGCAUAGCGGUAUUCUUGGAACCUCUUACUAUAGAAAAAAAUUAUUUAUCCGGAAACAAGGUCCGGAAAAAUCUGUUUAUAAUGUUAUUUUUGCAUAAACGCUUAAAUAUUCGUUUGAAAAUUUAUCACCGUCGUCCCCGUAUUGGUGCCAAAAAAUGCGAAUAUGAUUGCGUACUUUUAGACUAUUCAUGAUAGAAAAAAAUUUAUUUGUAAAUAAACAAAGCCUGGAAGAGUUCCGCUUAAGUAGAUAUUUACAUAUACGCGGACAUAUAUCUGUACAAAAAUUUAUUGUAGCCGUUUUGACGUCUAAUUCUAGAAAUUACAAUCAUAGAUGUAUGUUUUGGGACCUCUAUAGUUAAAAAAAAAUUAUUUAUCCGAAAACAUGUUUCGCAAAGAUCAUUUAAUCAUGAAAUUUUUAUAUAGACGCUUUAAUAUUCAUUUGACAAUUUAUUACGGUCGAUCCUGUGUUUGGAGUCAAAAAAUCCGAGUAGGGCUAAAGAUCUAUAAACUAUAAAAGUAGGAAAAAAAAGAGAAAUAACUGUUGGUAUUUACUGAAAGAGUUUAAUCGGCUGAGGAUUUAUAGAGAAUUUAAUCGGAUAUAUAUUUACGUGCCUAAGUUUGUGUCUGAUCAUCAUUAAUACAUAUUGCGUAAUGUUCAAUAAACCAUUAUUAACAACAAUUUACAAACAUUAUUAACCAGAAGCUGGAGAUAUCGAAUAAAAUACAUUGGACUUUUCCUGGAACUUAUUGUUGUAAAUUACUUUACACUUUGAAUGGAAAAAGAAUGAGAAAACAGGCUUUAUAUAUAACGAAAGUAAUCAAUAAAGAAGACAGUUCCGCGGAGAUUAAUAUGAUAUAAACGCGUUAUCUUAUAAGAAAAAUUUAUAAAUGUUAUUAUAUUGUGUUCGCGUAUAUAAUGUUUACGAUAUUUUUAUAUAAGAAUUUAUGUGAACAUGGCGGAAUUUUCGAAGAGCUGGAGACAGAUUUCGUUAUCACCUAAAACUGGGACACGAAACAUGAUUAUUUCAUAAUUUAUAUUUAAUAUUCUAAUAUUAAUU